AUGGCACUUCUCAAGAAACCCCUAAUCCUUCAAAUCGAACUUUCAGACGAAACAAUCGAAAACCAGAAAAUAUUUAACACUUCUUUUACUAAACCUUCAAUCACAAACAUCAGAGUUGAUUCUCAAGAAGUUGCUUGCCAGUCCGAUCUUGAGAAACUUCAGGUUCUUGGCUCUGGUAGUGAAGGAAUUGUUUACAAAGUACGUGACAAGCAAACAUCAAUGUUGUACGCUUUAAAAGUUUUCCGGGGAUGUCAUCCUGCAGAUAAAGAGAUUGAAAUCCUUCGUUCAAUGAACUCUCCUUCAAUUGUAGGAUGCCGCGGCAUUUUCGAGGAGAGCAUAGGUGAAUUAGGGAUUCUUCUGGAGUAUAUGGAUGGCGGCUCGCUUGAUAAUCUUGUGAAAACCAAGGGUUCGUUCCCUGAAAAAACUGUCGCCAUCAUAGCUUUCCAAGUACUCACUGGACUUGAUUAUCUGCAUGCAAGAAAAAUCGUUCAUUGUGACAUCAAACCAGCAAACCUUUUAGUUGAUAAGCAGAUGAAUGUGAAGAUUGCAGACUUUGGAGUUAGUUGUAAGGUUACUGGUUCAGAAGAUUCAUGCAAAACCUACGCAGGUACCUGUGCUUACAUGAGCCCGGAAAGAUUUGAUCCCCAUACCUAUGGUUGCAAUCCCUUUGCGGGUGAUGUAUGGAGCUUGGGUUUGACCUUAAUGGAGUUGUAUAUUGGACAUUAUCCAUACCUGAAGCCUGGAGAGAAAGCAGAAUCAACGGCUCUCAUGUUUGAAAUAUGCAUGGAAGAACCUCCAAGAUUACCAGAUCUUGCAUCAGAAAGUUUUCAAGGCUUCAUCCAAUGUUGCUUGCAGAAGGAAUUGGAUAAGAGGUGGAGUGUUUCCCAGUUGUUGGGUCAUCCCUUUGUAUUGAGUGGAAGGUCUAAGUCAUUGACCUGA